GGGAGAUGAGCAAAGACUAAAAAGAGUAUGGGUAAGACCAAAAAUUAGGGAAGACGAAAGCGAAUGCAGGAGAAAUGAAUGUAGUUCAAAGGGUUUUAGCAUCAACACAAAAGGAUACCAUUCAAUUCCCACCAAUUUAUUGCAGAGAUUGAUUAAAGAGCCGACUUCACAGAUCAAAUCCAUUCUUAAUUCUGAAGAAAAUUCAACCUUUAAAUCCUUUGGCUUUUCGUGGGAUGCCUUUCUUGCUGCUCUCAAAUCUUGUUCCGCAUACAAGGCUAACCUGGUACUUGAAUGGAGAUUAGAGAAAUUGUUGGAACACAAGGAGAGAGAUCAGGGGUUAUAUGAUGAGCUUAUCUCUCUUUGUAGAGAAACUAGCAAUUUUGAGCUAGCGACUCGUAUAUUUGUGGCAAUGGAGUCUGUUGGGUUGAAACCUACCUCAGAUAUCUUUAAUUCGUUGAUUUCAGUUUCAAUGUCAGUAGGAAAUGAAAUGACUGCACUCAGCUUGUUUGAGGUGAUGGACAGGUCAGAAGACUAUAAACCGAAUUCUAAAACUUAUAACGCUUUCAUUGCAGUGUAUGCAAAGGUGGGUAACGUCAAGGCUAUGAAAGCAUGGGCCUCAGCAAAAAAAGCUGCUGGUUUUGCACCUGAUUUGCAAUCAUAUGAACCACUAAUUUUAGGCUGUGUUAGGACAAAAAAUUUCGAUAUUGUUGAAUCAUAUUUUAAAGAAAUGAUGUCAUCCGGGUUUAUUCCGAACAUGAGCAUUUUGGACAAUAUGGUUUAUGGUUUGUGUGAACAGCAGGAUCUUGGUAGAGUUAAGGAGUUUUUGCUCUACAUGAUUGAUAAUAAAUGGGAAGUCAGUGCAUAUAUGGCAGACAGGCUCUCAGAUCUAUAUUCAAAAUUAGGCAAAACUGAAAUGAUUGAGGAGCUUCUUCAACUACUAACGGCUUCAAACGCAAGCCCAGAAGUUCUAUCCCGAUUGCAUUACGGGAUCAUAGGUAUGCACGCAAAGGCAGAUAGUUUAGAUGAUAUGGAAUAUGCUGUUGGAAGGAUGCUGAAACACGGGUUAUCGUUCAAAUCAGAUAAGGAUGUCAAUUUUGUGAUUCGAUCAUACUUCAGGCGAGGUGCUUAUGACAGACUGGAGUUGCUUUUGGAGCAUAUAAAGGGCUCAUAUGAGUUCAAAAAAUCAACUCUUGAUUUGUUGAUCACUGGAUAUCGUGUAGCUGGGUUAUCUGACAAAUUGGAAAUGUUGCUCAAGGAGUUUGCUUUGGAUGGAAUUUCGUGAGUUCUUUAACAUCAUCGAAUAUUGUUUCUAGUGUGAGCAAUGACAAGUUUAUCUUCGAUUGUCCUUUGUCAAUGAUAAUGUUUCCUUUUGUGAGUCAACUAUGGGCGUUUUGGGGUUGUACAUAGAGGUCGGAUCAAAUGAGUUCCUCUUUCUAAUACCACAUAAAUCGACAGUCAUUUCAUUUUGCGGCCUAAUCAGCGACCGGGGCUGAGUGCUCAGGUGAUAACAAAGCUGCUUAUUGCCCAGGACUAAAGGACAUAUUUUUCAGGAUAAUAACAUGUAUGGUUACAUAUUGAAAUCCGUUCCUUUUUGUGGGAAGAUGAUUGCAAUAGUUGUGGAUUUUUAAACAAAGCUUUUGAUUGAAUCUACAAUCGUCCAGUUAGUUGUCUGCUCUGCAAUAAUCUCAUUUACAUACGAAUCCCGUAUUGUCGUCGAGAUCACUGCUGAAAAACCCAUUAUCGGAAUAAUCAUGUGUAAAUUCCGGAACUAUAUCCUCCGUCAAAUGCAAAUUUGGUGGCAUUUCCAGUGCUUUCUGAUUGAAUUCACUAUUGGACCCCUGCCUCCAGCAGCAGGUGUAGCUGGUGUGCCGUUGUUUCCAUAUCCCAAACCGGUAAUGGUUACAUUUGGAUUCAUGUUUUGCCCACCAAGGGUUUUCUGCUGUCCCAUUGCAUUAUUUCCAGUAUAAUCGUGUAAUAGCUGCUUGAUCAUUUGUUGCUGCAAAGCCUGGCCGCCUUGUGAUGCUUGCUGAUGCAAUGGUCGAUUUUGUUGAGGUACGCCAUUAACUCGUUGUGCUAAGGCAGUUGCCGCUGGCCCACUCAACGCAUCUAGGUUAUUAGCAAGCAUAUUAGCGUUGUUUCCUUCCCCAUGUUUGGAUUGUAUCCCAGAAUCCCAUGUUAGGAUUAUUCAUUCCUGACUGCUGUAACUUCUUGUGACUGGUUAAUAUACUUAAAAUUUACUUAAAAUUUUUUAAACAUUACUUAAAA